UUUCAGGUUGUCAGUUGUCACGACUAGUGACAAAAUGCAAUAAUUUUUAAUUAAAGUUUGCCAUAAUUAUUGCUUUAUAUAUAUAUACAAUAAUCAAAUGUUACUUAGUAUUCAUUAAUUCACAAAUCCAUAAAAACCUUUGUCAAUUAGAAUUAUUUAAGAUGUCCGAAGAAGAAUACUCUAAUUAUCAAACUUCGAAAGACUUAAAUGAUGAAGCGGGCCCCUCAUUGUAUGGUGUAGAGAGUAAUAAUUUAACUGAAAGCAUUGAAAACACAAUUGAUAAUCUACGACAUUUUUUUCUUGGAAGAAUUGGUUUCGAUGAAGAUGAUGAUGAACAAGAAGAGAACGAAAUUCAACUUCUGGAUGAGCAAUCUUUAGAUGGAAUAGUGAAGUACAUACAAGAAAACAAAUGCAAGAAUAUCAUAACAAUGGCAGGAGCUGGUAUAUCCACUUCUGCUGGUAUACCUGAUUUCCGUUCACCUGGCAGUGGCCUGUACCACAAUUUACAAAAAUACAAUUUGCCACAUCCGACAGCUGUAUUUGAGCUGAGUUUUUUCCAUGAGAAUCCAAGGCCUUUCUUUGAGUUGGCUAAGGAAUUGUAUCCUGGAAGAUUCAAACCAACUGCAUGUCAUUAUUUCAUCAAAUUAUUGAAUGACAAAGGUAUUCUUCUGAGGCAUUAUACUCAAAAUAUAGAUACAUUGGAACGAGUUGCUGGAAUACCUGGAGAUAAGAUUGUUGAAGCUCAUGGAACAUUUCACACAGGUCACUGUUUGAAAUGUCAGAAGGAAUAUCCCCAGGAAUGGAUGAAAGAAAUAAUUUUUCGAGAUGAAGUACCACAGUGUGAAGCUUGCAGUGGUGUUGUGAAACCAGACAUUGUUUUCUUUGGGGAAAAUCUUCCAGGCAGAUUCCACAAGAUGCUCUUCUCAGAUUUUCCAAAAUGCGAUCUUCUUAUUAUUAUGGGUUCUUCGUUGGCAGUUCAACCAUUUGCUUCAUUAGUUGAUCGAGUGCCUAGAGAUUGUCCAAGGCUACUCAUCAAUAGAGAAAAGGCAGGUCAGCGAUCAGGCCUAAUGGCACUGAUGGGUGUAAGAGGAGGUUUGGAUUUCGAAAAUACAAAAACAAAAAGAGAUGUCUUCUGGUUGGGAGAUUGUGAUGACGGAUGUCAGUUACUAGCUGAAAAAUUAGGUUGGGCUGGGGAGUUGAGUGACAUGAUUAAAAAAGAAUAUCGCCGAAUUGAUGAUGGAGAUCACAGCGUCCCAGAAAAUGAAACCUCAACUGAGUUUUCAGGAGUCUUUUGAUCAAACUACAGAAGAAUUCCUUAUUUUCUUUUAUCUAUUAUGAUUCCUAAGUUUAAUAUUUUCCAUAUAUUUAUUUUAUUAGGUUGAUUUUGUUAUUGCUUUUGAAUUGAAAAUUUCUAAUGGCUGAAGCAAUUAAAUUAUUCCACCUAUCUUACUAAUAAAAAUUACACAACUGAA